UUUUUUGUCUUGUUUUUCAUGCUUCUCAAAAUUUGUGACUCGUCUCGGAAAGCUUGAUUUCUUGAACCUUUGUGUUAAUCUUUCUCUUUUUUCUCUCUUUGUCACUUAUCAACAUAUACUAACGCGGUCCCUACUGUUUACUUCUCAUACCAAUCCCACGCAUCUGACGCUUGUUAUUCUUUAAUUUUGUAUUAUUGCUAUCUGUUUUCUAUUUAUGUGACUGGAGUGCGUUUAAGUUUGGCAAUCACUUAACGAAUAACAAGUAAAUGAAUACGAGAUCAACGCGUCGGUACAACCUGCCUAAAGCAGUUUCAAUUACAACUACACAUUUGAUCGAUGAGUAUAGUAGUACCAAUUUGAAUGGCUCUAAGCUUCCUGUUGAUUCAUCCUCUGCCGUCAUUCCUGGGACCCACGAUCUGUUAGAAAUUAAAACAGAUCUGGAGGCCAUUCUGCCCACUGUAGAGAAUCGAAUUGAUCAGAUGGAAAGCGACCUUACUUCUAUCGAGCAGUCUCAAGUAGAAGAAACGAGUGAGAUUGAAGAAGGUAUAAGCUAGUACCACAUACUUUAACUAUGCUUAAAUUAUCAACUUAGCUAGUAUAAUGUUUACCCUCAAUAGCGUCACCGGAUAUGACUCAUU